AGCACCGGCCGGAUCCUUUGCCCGCCGCGUGUCCUCAAAGUCAUAUAAAGACAGAGAGAUGGGACGGAGUCAUUACUGGAACAUUAGAUAUAUCCCUACUCACAAUUUUAAACCUACACACUCACUCAACAAACACACAAAAUGCCGUUUCAACCACGGAUUGCUAUUGUCGGCAGCGGCCCCUCCGGCUUGGCACUCGGCCUGCUGUUGCGGCAACACGGCACCCAAACCACGAUUUACGAGCUGCGAACCAAAUUGACGACACAAGAGCUCGCUAAACCAUCCGGUAUGCUGGAUCUUCACGAAGAGUCCGGACUAAAGGUGAUGCGCGAGUGCGGCCUAUGGGACGACUUCCAGGCUUCUAUUGGCGACUGCUCUGAGGCUUGCCGUGUUCUUGAUCCUCAGGGAAAUGUGCUGCACACCGACAACGGCGAGCUUUCGACUCGCCCGGAAAUUUCGCGACACGCAUUGACUGGUAUUCUUUUGAAGAAGGUCCCCUCGGAUGGCAUCAAGUGGGAUCAUAAGAUCACAGAUGUACGAGAGGCCCGCAAUGCGACUACUGGAGCGACCGAGAUCACGCUCGACCUCGGCGCCAAUGGCACCGCAACCUACGACUUUGUCGUCGGCGCCGACGGUGCAUGGUCCCGCGUGCGCAAGCUGCUUACGGACGUCAAGCCUUCCUACACCGGCGCACAGUAUGUGACGGCGACAUUGAGAAACGCAUCAACCAAUUUCCCACAUCUGGCCGAGCUGAGCGGCACGGGCGCGCUCGCAGCACUCGGCGGCGGGAAUGGAAUCAUGACGCACCGCGGCCCGCAGGACUCUAUCAGAGUGUACGCAGGUGUGAGCACACCGCACGAGAACUGGGCUGAGGCGGUGGGCGUACAGGGCAAGCCGGCGGCUGAGGUCAAGACGGUGUUGCUGAGCGAUGACAAGAUCUUUGGCAAGUGGGCGCCUGAACUGAAGGACCUGUUCUCCACAGCCUGCGACGAAGACACCAAGGACAACGGAGGCCCGGCCGACAUUCUGCCUCUGUAUAUGCUCCCCAUCGGCCACAGCUGGGAGCACCGAACGGGCGCAACCCUUAUCGGCGACGCAGCUCACCUGAUGACACCAUGGGCAGGCGAAGGCGUCAAUCUGGCGCUGUGGGAUUCGCUGGACCUGGCGCACGCCCUGGGAGGAGUGUCCGAGGCCGAGGAUGCAGCCGCAUGGCAGGCAGGGCUCGAGCCGCGCAUACGCAAGUUUGAGGAGACGAUGCUGGAGCGGGCGAAAGAGAAGGCAGAGGAGACUGCUAAGAACCAGAAGAUGUUUCUAUCUGAAAAUGGCGGACAAGCGAUGGCGGACAUGUUUAAGAUGUACGAGGCCAUGGCGGCUGGUGGCGGCCCGCUGCCUUAGGGCCAUUCAAGUGGAAGGAAGGGUUCAUAACAUAGAGACUAGAUUAG